UGUUUCUAUCUCUCCCUCUUCUUUCCUCUCUGAAAUCAGUAAAAAUAAAUAAGUAAGUAAAUAAAUAAAUAAAUAAAGUUUUAAAAAAUGGCCUUGCAGGUCUAGAGUCUGACCUAAAAUCACUCUCUGUGCUGAACCUUUCAAAAACAGCAUAGCAGAGCACAAAUAUUGUUCCCGUCCACUAAUAUCUCCUUAUAAUCCAGUCAGACUGGAGAAGUCUGACUUUCAAAGAUACUUCCCAAAGGACUAAUGUCCAGGUGUGGCAAAGAGAUAAAGAAUGGAAUGCUGGAAGGAAUUUAUCUUUAUCUACUGGUAUAAAAACCCUUGGGGGAAGGAUCGGCGACAAACCAUCAGAAGAGCUGGAAACCUCCUAACUCAUGUGUAAGUACAAUCCUCUGGAAAUUUAUGCAGAAGAGAAAAUCAGAACUUUGUUGCUUGAACUUUCUGAGUAUUAUAUGGCAUAUUAGGGCAACAAUGAUAGAGCCAAUAGAAGUUAGGGAAAAUUCCAGGGGAGAGCGCCAAGGAAUCAAGGUGGCCAAGUAGAUAAAUCCUGAACUCACCUCUUUCCAGGAACGUGUGGAAAUUAUUGCACAAAGGUCACUGAGACCACCUGAAGACCAGCUGAACAGAAGUCUCUAAGGUUAUAAAGAAGGAACCACGUUGACACAGGCUGAUACCAUCAUGCCUUCUUGGGUAGCCUUCCCCAGCCUCAUACUACUUUGGGCAGAUGUUGUUGUUUCUCAGACACGCGUGACUGGAGUGGCGGGACAGUCUGUCACGCUACCGUGUACCUACUCAACAGCUGAUGAAAUCGCACCCAUGUGCUGGGGCCGAGGGCCUUGCCCUUUAUCCAAAUGCUCAAAUACACUUGUAUCGACUGAUGGCUACCGUAUCACCUUUGAGAAGAACAAACGUUAUAGGAUGAAUGGAAUCAUUCCCAGAGGGGAUUUGUCUCUAACCAUACAGAAUGCAGCCCUGUCUGACACUGGCACCUAUUGUUGCCGUAUUGAGUUCACAGGGUUGUUUAAUGAUUAUAAAGGGCAUAUAUUUUUGGAGAUGAAGCCAGCUCCAACCACUGUUCCAACACCACCUAAGGUCUUCAGCUCUGCUCCUACAACUCCAGGGACCACGAAGAACCUCAAGACAGCUCCACCUAAGGUCACCAGUGUUCCAACACCACCUAAGGUCUUCACCUCUGCUCCUACAACUCCAGCACCAACACUGAACCUUAAGACAGAAACCACUUCAUCUUCUCCACUGCAGACAACAGAAACCCCGCCUAUCACACCACAGGAAACAAGUACGACCAGCUCAUUGUUGAACUCUUCUUGUCCAACAGAUGGGAAUAGCACUGUGACCCAGCCUUCAGAUUGCGGUUGGCAAUACAAUGAAACUCACACGAGCUUGAAACAAAAUACACCGAGGAACACCAGUAAGUUGUACCUUGGACUCUGCAGUGCUGCCAUGAUAUUGCUCACCGUUUUGGCUGCCGUACUUACCAAAAAAUAUUUAUGUGGGAAAAGAACGGUGUUGCAAAUAAGCAAAGAACCUCGGACCGGAACUUCCCAAAAUGGAACUGCAGUGCACUACCAAGCACAGGAAAAUAUUUACUUUGAGAACAAUCUUUACAACGUGCCUUAAGACCCAGCGGUUCUCCAAGGCUUGAGGCCCUUUGACUGCGGAAGGCAAUGACCAGAUCUCACCAUGUCAGUCCUUUUAAGCUCCAGGAUGAUUUUUCUGUCAAUAUUUCAUGGUGUUCCAACAUGUCUGUGAUGUUAGUGUCUUUAGCUCUCACUGCAUAGUCAACCUCAUUGGUAAUUAGUCUUAAUUUUUUAUACUAAAAUUGGCUCAAUUUUUCUGGUCAUAGCAGAGCCCUCUUCUAAAUAUGAACUGAACACUUUAGAAUUGUAUAUUCUGUUUCAACCUUAUGAAUUUGUAUCCAUCAAGAAUUCUCAUUGGGUAGACAUGAAAUGAACCAAUACCUUGGUCACUAAAACUGUCACAAAGAGGGGAAUAGGACUUAAAAUCAGCAAAUUCGAUUUGGAACUUAAAUGAAUUCACUUGGAAGCAUUUCAUGAUUAACUCUUUUUUUUUUUUUUUUUAAAUCUUGUAAUCAAAACUUUACAUUUCCUAAGUUCCCCCAAAGGUUUCAAAUUAUGGAGGCACACAGAUUUUUAUUUCCUUCAUGGUGAAAAAAGUCAGUGUGGUUUCACCAUUAGAUCUGUUUGUUCAUGGCUCUGAAAAUAGGAGGUUUUAAGUGCUUUCCUUGGGGCCAAGCUGGGGCUUUUAAGAGAAGAAGCUAGGCUGGUGAGCGGAGCAAGUAAAUAGGUGGAGAAAAUCAAUGGCCAUGUGAUUUAACACCUGUGUGCUACUUCUGCUACAGCUGUGCCACAUAUAGACAACCAUCAGGGAUUCUGAACUAACUUUUAGAGUGAUGCAGUACAGAGAUAAAUAAAAGGGCAAAAGAAAGGGAGAGGUUAGGGCAAAAGGCCUCUGCCUUAGAAAAGUAAGUGCAAAUCUAAGAGUGCUGUUUGAGAGUGUUACUAGUUUCAAUUGGAAUUCUAAAUUGUCCCCAAACCACUUUGAUUAUUAAAAUUAUUUUAGAAGGAUGAAUUUUUUUAUCACAUCAAUUCCAAUCCUGUUCCUUUUCCACAAAUGAAUUAAAUUUUUGGUUUUGCCAAGAUAGUGAAACAACACAAAAAAGAUAAGAAUAUUUUUAGCCACCAGAAACAUUUUCUUUCUUCAUAUCAGAAACAUUUCAACAUGAAUAGUUCACAAGGCUGGGUAGUAAUUUCAAUUUGAGUAAAUUUUGAAAUAAUUCACACUUGAGGUUCAGUGCUACCCACACUAUAGUGGCCUAGAAGGCCAGAGUGCUUGUUUUUGAAGGCAAAGUUUUGGCAUGUAGCUAUAAAACUCUAGAAGAAUAAUAGCACGUCUGAAAAAAAGGUUAUAUGGGCAAAUAAUAUUGUUAAGCAUUGUCUACUGGGUUUCCCAAAUAGGGUGAGAUUAAUAUGGCUUAUCCAUUUUUGUUCAAACUACAAUGUUUUUCUUUUAAAUUCAAGACAACAUGCAGGAGGCAGCUGAUGUGUGUUGUACAUUGAUGUUUCUCUCUUCUCCCUCUCUUUAAAAAUCAAUAAACUAUUCUUAUAAAUAAAUAAAUAAGCAAUCAAGCUCAUGUGACUGCAGCAAAGUGAAUGAGGAGGUUUGGAAAGAGAUUAGCUGGAAACAUGGGCACUUUCUCUCACAGGGGCUGGAUGCAAAGGGCCCUAUGAACACAUCCGUUUGAGAAGGGUCCCACUCUUAGGAACAAAACACUUUUCAUGUAAAGGGUUAAACAUUCUAUGCACCACCAAAUUAUACUUUCAUUUGGUAACAUGCUAUCUGGAAGUAAAGAAAUAAUUUGUCUUUUGCUCUCCCCCUAAUCAAAGGCUUUGGUCAGUUGGUUUUGGACAGCUUUGAGCAGUCUGGAAAUACACAUCCUCCCAAGACUAUCUCUUCUUUGACUCUUGAUUACAUCAGUUUUUUUGAGAAAAUAGAAAAAAGUCAUGAUUUCAUCUAGAGAAAAGGUAAUGGUAGCCAUCAAAAUGUAAGGUGGUGCCUUAUUGGCUUUGACUACGAAAU